AUGACGGCCACUGGCGCUGUCACCAUGACAACCCUCCAUCACACAAAACGCACAGCAAGCACGGAGGACCUCUCCUUUAAUUCACCUGUACUGACCUCACCUGGGCUGAACUUCCGCAAAGUAUCGCAAGAAGAAGAAGAAGAAGAAGAGAAGACGCCGAGCCCAGAACCGGACCCGAACCGGACCAGAACCAAGAUAUGGACGUCUCUGAGCGAUGAGCCGCUCCUGAAAGCAACCCUGAUAGUGAGUGGUGGGACGGACGCAAAGCGAGACAAAGAUGAACCUGCGACCACGUUGGAGCCCGGGACGCUGCAGUGGCCGGAGGACAGAGAGAAGGGGACGGGGGGAGGAACAGACGGGGUCAUCGCGAAGUCAGACGCGUCCAGCUGGACGGAGAGCGAGCGGGGCCGCCGGAUGGAGAGGGCUGAGCUUACGGGAGGGCGGGGCCAGCUGGAGGAGAACCGGCUUCCAGAGAAAGCUGCUCAGGUGUUCAGCCCGGCUGUCACCGUCCUCCCCUCCCCCGCCUCCAGAGACACAGAGGCAUCCUGGGAAAUGGAAUCAGAGAGGAGUCCCUUCCUGAGCCCUCGCCAGGUGGACUACAACCAACAUGGCUACCAGUUUGACUUCCCUGAGGACACGCCCCCUUCCACCUAUAAAGGGAGAUGUUCAGGCAGAGAUGCACUGAAGCUAGGCGUCUCCUUGAUGACAUCAGCGCUGCUCUUCCCGUUCCUGGUGUGGGGGGGGUACGUCUUCCUGCCGUUCGACGCCCCCCCGCUGGACGGCGCUCCCCUCAGGCUGGUCUACACUCUGCGCUGCUCUGUGUUCGCCGCCGCUCCCGUUGUCCUCGGUUGGCUAGUCCUGGGCGUCAGCCGGCUCCGCUCCGGAUCCACUCAGCCGGUCGUUGAUGACGUCGUCAAGGAGGCGGAGCUUCAGGAAGUCUCCGUCCACCGACGCUUCAUCUCUGACUCCGCCUCCCUCUUCCUGAUCUACUUCCUGGAGCUGGUUGUCAUGGCAAUGUACCUGACCCAGGAGCAGCUGAAGCUCGUCCCCCUGCUGUCCAUCGUCUUUGCCUUCGGCCGGUUGGCGUACUGGCUGGCGGCGGCGUUCGGCAGCAGCCUCCGCGGUUUUGGCUUCGGCCUUUCCUUCCUGCCCAGCCUCGUCAUGAUGGCGGCCAACUUCUACUUCUUGUUCACGGUGGAGUCGGCGGUCGUGUUCGGCGCCGCGCCGCCGCCGGACGAGGCGCUGCCUCCGUCCACAGGCAGACAGAGGUUCUGGGGAUGAUUUUCUCUCAGUAUGUUUAUGAACUGGAGAAACUGGAAGCUCCGCCCACUUCUUUCAGGUUUUCAGUUCUUUUGUAGGAAGGACACAACUUUCUAUUUUGUAAAUAUGGACUUUCAUUGAAUCAAUUUUUAUCAGCCAACUGUGCUCAUAGUUUGGGUUUGUAUAAAAUUUAUCAAAGGUUUCACAAUAAAAGCAUCAAUUUACUUCCUGUUAUAGCUCAGUUCAGUUUGGUACAGGAAGCCGUUAUAAUGACCAGCAGGGGGCGACAGUGGAGAGAAAAAAAACCCUGCUAACAGCAGAAACGUCCAGCGGGUGCAUCCGGAGAAGAAGACGGCUGGAGACGGACAAUAGGAGAGUAGUAGAAGAAACCAGCAGGUUCCCAGUGAACUCCAGUAGGUCUAUUGGUUUCUGUGCUGCAGUCCAGCUCAACCAGCGCAGAGACCGUUCUGCAUCCGGGAGACCCAGCCUCUGGCACCGGCCGGGUCCAACAGCAGCUCAAUUUGGUCCAGAAGAUUUCCUCUGAA